UAAUGCAACACUUCCAUUGAGUUUUGGAGUAUUUUUUUAGUCUUUUAGAGAGUUAUUAUUUCUCAGCAUCACAACAGAAAAUGCUUCACACAUCUCUUGUCUUGUGCUUGUGGACUCUGAUCGGUGUGUUUGGUGAUGAAGUGAAGUCAGUGUCAGUGAUGGAGGGACAUUCUGUUACUCUACACACUCAUCUCACUCACAUACUGAGAAAUGAAACAAUCGAGUGGAGGUUUGGAGUAAACGGCCUUCGCAUCGCCAGAAUCAAGAGAUCAGUCAAUAUUAAUCCCAUAUAUGAUGAUAAUAAUGAGGCUGAGAUGUUCAGAGACAGACUGAAGAUGAACAAUCAGACUGGAGAUCUCACCAUCACACACAUCACAUCUCAACACUCUGGACUUUAUCAUCUCACUGUUAUAAUAGGAACUAAUCAGACAGUUAAGCAUUUCAGUCUUUCUGUUGGUGCUCCCAGUACUGUCAGUGUCAGUGAAUCUACACAAACAUCAUCUUCAUCAUCAUCAUCACCAUCAUCAUCUUCAUCAUCAGAGAGUUCAGGUGUGUCAGCAGUAGAUGUUGAUGCUCCAACCUCAGAUGAUAUAACGCUCCUCUCUUGUGCUGCUGCUGCUGUUGGAUCUCUGAUGGUUUUAACUCUUCUGAUCUUCUGCAUCUGCAGAAAACACACACACACACAUGAAGAAGUUCAGACCCGUGAGGUCAUUUAUGCUGAUACAACAUUCUACAAACGAGACAAACACAUAAAAAGAGUUAAAGAAGAGGAUGAUGAGGUGGUGUACGCCGAUGUCAACACCAGACGUUGAUCUUUGAAUUCCUGUGAUGCAGUUUCCUCAAUAUUCUUACAUUUAUUUGUUAUUAAAUGUGUCUAUCCGUUUUAAGCUGGGAGUGAUAUAUUUAAAGGUACACACAAACAACACAGGGUGCAUUAAGCCCCUUCACCACCAGGAGGCGUCGUUUCUCUCAAAGAUGACUAAAGGAGCUUCUCACAAGAACUCUUUAACUGUAAAUACUUCAAUAACAGAUUCAACUUCAGAAACGUCAUGUAAAAAUGUAUUUUUUAAUAAUUUUAUGUAUUUGAAUAUUACUUGGGACUCACCACAAAUGUGAGUA